AAAGUGCGGGUGUCCCCGCGCGCGCGCCGGCAGCCGGCCGCCGCCGGGGUGGGAAGGGCCCAAGAUGGCGUGCCUGCUGGAGACCCCCAUCCGCAUGAGCGUCCUCUCGGAAGUAACAGCUAGCAGUCGCCACUAUGUUGACAGGCUAUUUGACCCUGAUCCCCAGAAAGUUCUACAAGGUGUCAUAGACAUGAAAAAUGCUGUCAUUGGAAACAACAAGCAGAAAGCCAACCUCAUCGUUUUAGGAGCUGUCCCAAGAUUGUUGUAUUUGCUUCAGCAAGAAGCUUCAAGCACAGAGCUGAAGGCAGAAUGUGCGGUGGUGUUAGGAAGUCUCGCGAUGGGCACUGAGAACAACGUCAAGUCUCUCCUGGACUGCCAUAUCAUCCCUGCCUUACUGCAAGGACUGUUGUCUCCAGACCUGAAGUUCAUCGAAGCAUGCCUCCGAUGCCUCCGCACCAUCUUCACCAGCCCCGUCACGCCCGAGGAGCUGCUCUAUACGGAUGCCACAGUAAUACCACACCUCAUGGCGCUGCUGAGCAGGUCCCGCUACACCCAGGAGUACAUCUGUCAGAUCUUCUCACACUGCUGCAAAGGGCCAGAUCAUCAAACAAUUUUAUUUAACCACGGCGCAGUUCAGAACAUUGCUCACCUACUCACCUCACUCUCCUACAAGGUUCGAAUGCAAGCACUGAAAUGCUUCUCCGUGUUAGCUUUUGAAAACCCCCAGGUAUCGAUGACUCUGGUAAACGUGUUGGUUGAUGGAGAGUUGUUGCCGCAGAUCUUUGUGAAGAUGUUGCAGAGGGAUAAGCCCAUCGAGAUGCAGCUCACGUCUGCCAAAUGUUUAACUUACAUGUGCAGAGCUGGAGCAAUUCGGACUGAUGACAGCUGCAUUGUACUGAAGACAUUGCCUUGUUUGGUUCGAAUGUGCAGUAAGGAAAGACUAUUGGAGGAGAGGGUGGAGGGAGCGGAGACACUGGCCUAUCUGAUUGAGCCCGACGUAGAACUGCAGAGGAUCGCCAGCAUAACUGACCACCUCAUUGCCAUGCUGGCCGACUACUUCAAGUACCCCAGCUCCGUGAGUGCCAUCACCGACAUUAAACGGCUGGAUCACGACCUAAAGCACGCUCACGAGCUCCGCCAGGCGGCCUUCAAGCUCUACGCCUCCCUGGGCGCCAACGACGAGGACAUCCGGAAGAAGAUCAUUGAGACUGAAAAUAUGAUGGACCGAAUUGUGACUGGCUUGUCUGAGUCUAGUGUCAAGGUGCGCUUAGCUGCUGUCAGAUGUUUGCACAGUUUAUCCAGAUCUGUACAGCAACUUAGAACCAGUUUCCAGGAUCACGCGGUGUGGAAACCUUUAAUGAAGGUUUUACAGAAUGCACCAGAUGAAAUCCUAGUAGUAGCAUCUUCUAUGUUAUGUAAUCUUCUUCUCGAGUUUUCUCCAAGCAAAGAGCCAAUUCUAGAAUCGGGAGCUGUGGAACUACUUUGUGGAUUAACCCAGAGUGAAAAUCCUGCUUUACGAGUGAAUGGAAUUUGGGCCUUAAUGAAUAUGGCAUUUCAGGCUGAACAAAAAAUAAAAGCCGAUAUUUUACGAAGCUUGAGUACUGAACAGCUCUUCCGGUUAUUAUCAGAUUCAGAUUUGAAUGUGCUGAUGAAGACCCUGGGCCUCCUUCGGAAUCUCCUCUCCACUCGGCCCCACAUAGACAAAAUAAUGAGUACUCACGGGAAGCAGAUCAUGCAGGCGGUCACUCUGAUACUGGAAGGAGAGCAUAGUAUUGAGGUGAAGGAGCAGACACUGUGCAUCUUAGCCAACAUAGCCGACGGGACAACAGCAAAAGAGCUCAUCAUGACCAAUGAUGACAUCCUGCAGAAAAUCAAGUAUUACAUGGGCCAUUCACACGUCAAACUGCAGCUCGCCGCUAUGUUUUGUGUAUCAAACCUCAUAUGGAACGAAGAGGAAGGUUCACAGGAACGCCAGGAUAAAUUACGAGACAUGGGCAUUGUAGAUAUCCUCCAUAAACUGAGUCAGUCGCCAGACUCAAACCUUUGUGACAAGGCAAAGACCGCACUGCAGCAGUACCUGGCGUGAUUGGAGCUCCCCAGCCCGGCCUGGCCCGGCCCAGCCCGGCACCUGCCAGUGUCCCUCGGUCCUGGCCUAAGGAUGCACAGGACUAGCCUCAUUUGAUUCCUUCUAUUUGCACAAGUCACCUUGGACUGCAGGGAGCUGUUUUGCAAAAGCAAUUUAGUAGGCUUAGAUCUCAAAUUCAUCUUGAGAACUUUUUUUUUUUUUUGAGGUAGUAUUUUCCUCAGAGGACUAUUAACAUUGUAUUUUGGUUUGGUUUGGUUUUUCUGAGCUACCUGGACUCUUUAUUAGAACAAUCAAUCAUUUUCCUUUGGACCUACAAUUUUUUGCCUAUGCUGCAGCCACUUUGUGGGUGGGAAUGAGUGUGCGUAUGUGUGUGUGCGUGUGCACAUGUGUGUGUGUGUGUGUGUGUGUGCGUGUGUACACAGGAGUCAACUGAAUGUAUGUGUGGGUGAGGGAUACCUCAGAUUUUUUUCUUUUCUUAUUUUGUGUGAAAAUCUCUUUUCUACAGAUUUUCCAGGGUUUAAGCAUUGCUUGCUGUAUAAAAGAAAAUAACAAAAAAAACUUUACUGAAUUAUAUACAGUUUGAAUGAAAUGUUAUUUUAAAACAAAACAAUUGUUUAGUGUUCCAUAAAGGUUAUGUUGAAUUUUGGUCAGAUGAAUAUUUGUAAGUAAAAAAUAUAUAUACAUAUAUAUAUAUAUAUAUAUGCAUUUCUGAACCUCAACUUACAUAGAUUUUUCUUUAUAAAAACAAAGACCAAAAAAAAAAAAAAAAAUUCACAGGAAAAAAACAAACUUGGCUGUCAGCCGGCUCUGUCCUUGGUGCUGUGUGAACCUGCGCGCCUGGCUGCAACGGUGUGCGCAGGCGCUGUGUGAAACCGCGCGCCUGGCUGCAACGGUGUGCGCAGGCGCUGUGUGAAACCCGCGCGCCUGGCUGCAACGGUGUGCGCAGGCGCUGUGUGAAACCGCGCGCCUGGCUGCAACGGUGUGCGCAGGCGCUGUGUGAAACCGCGCGCCUGGCUGCAACGGUGUGCGCAGGCGCUGUGUGAAACCGCGCGCCUGGCUGCAACGGUGUGCGCAGGCGCUGAGCCUCCUGCAGCCCCCGUCAUCCCAUUCUCAGGUGCCCCAAGUCCGAAGGCCAGGGUGGAGCGAGCGAGGCAACAAAUUCACACCCCGAGGUGUCCCCGCUGCUGGCGAGAAGUCCUGCAGGAAGCACCCGGAGCUGCUGAGCCGUGCGAGAGCCUGCCGCUGGCGUGGAAAGCUCCGGCCCCAAGCCACAAGCAGGGGUGUUCACUUGGUGGGGUGAAGUCGGAUCGCGCGCUCUCUGAAGCAGCAGGGUCGUGUCACUGCGAAGCUCCCGAGGUUUCAGCGACCCAUCCCUGGAAGGAAGGGACAGGGUGCCCCGCCGAGAAACCUGCCUCUUUGCCAUCCCCGCAAGACGCUCGUGGGCAGGACGAGACUCUUUCCCCCCCCCAGGAAGAUCGCAGAUGACGUCUUUCUUCUUGGCAGCCCUUUGUACCCCUUGGCUUGACACCAGCUCCAACUUGCGGUCGCUCUGCGGUGAACCCGACAGAAGUUGCUCCUGACUGAAGCGUGCCACCGUGUCUGCCCCCCGAUGGGGUCCCACGCCCGCCCACCGGCCACUCCCGAGGGGCUGCGCCCACCACACAGCGCCCUCUCUCCAACUCCCACCUUCCUUGGUUGGAAGGCUUCACAUGGUUGAUUGUGAAUGAAUGUUUUUAAGAUGUAUUUAAUGCAACGCUUCCUGUUCUCAACAUGACCCUCCUCCCAAGAUUCAAACACGGAGAUGUCCGCAUUAUUUUUAUUUUUCCAGGGUAUUUACUGAUUUUUAAAACCUGCCCCAGCAGGAACUUGGAUUAUAUGCAGAUCCCAGGAGUGCUCAUGUAAGAAAACCAAUUUAUUUAGGAAUUCAGCCUUCUUUAGGGCCUACUCCUUGUCACUUUUAAUUACUGG